AUGUCUCCCAUCCCCCAUUUGCCUACCAAAUCGCAAAAUGAUCUCAGCUCUGGGUUCCACCUGGCUGAUGGACGAGGAUACAUGCUUGACCGUGGCUAUUUUGCCUCUUCCAGGCUGAAUUUCCAGUUUUACCUCUGGAAAGAGUCUUUGCAUUUUAACUUGCAUCCAUCUAUUUCUACACCGGUGCAAAAUUUGCGAGUUGCAGAUGUUGCUACAGGAACUGGAUUGUGGCUGUUUGACCUAGCUCGGGAGCUACCGGAGUCAGCACAGCUAGAUGGAUUUGAUAUCAGCCUUGCAAAUGCUCCUCACAAGCAAUGGUGGCCGCAGAAUGUCACAUUAAGACAGUGGGAUAUCUUUGAUGAUGUGCCAGAAGAAAUGAUUGGGAAAUAUGACAUCGUCCACCUAAGAUUAUUAAUUCUUGUCGUUGAAAACAGCGAUCCAAGGCCUAUCAUUCAAAAGGUCCAUAAGAUGUUAAAGCCCGGUGGCUACAUUCAAUGGGAUGACCUGAAUUACCCGGAUACACAUGUCAGAACUCCACUGUUAUCAUCAUCAACCUCAACUCCGGCAUUUGAUUCCCUACGAGAGUUUGUAUACUCCAACGGGAGACACGAUUGGGUACUGCAACUCCCAGGAAUCCUCACCAGCGAGGGGUUUGAGGGGGCCAGACAGUUCAACUACGUGGAUCGGCCUGAUCUCACAAAAGCAAAUGGAGAUCAACAUCUUCUAACAAUGGAAGAGUUUGCAACGACCCUGGCGGCUGCAGGCAAUCGUCAGGCCUCGGAGAAGAUAUUCAAUUUGAUUGGAGAUGUUUAUCAGGAGUCAUUGGCUGGAGCAGCUCUGUCUAUGCCACGGGUUGUGAGCAUUGCCCGGAAACAAAGUGGCGAUACACCACACUCUGUAUUAUAA